AUGCUCUGCACCACAAUCGGAGACGUAGGGAGAUGGUCGACUCUUCCACAGUCCCUGAGAAGCCAAGAAGAACAGAUGCAGCUUGACUGGGGGAAGUUCGUGGCCGAAUGCAUGUGUGAGGAGGCUGCUAUCUUCACCAGGGAGUUGUUCGAAAUGUACGAGCGUUUUGCAGAUGCCCGUGGCUGGCAAUUCGAGGUGGAUACCAUGAACGAGGGCGUAGGCGGAGGCAUACUAUUCGCGUCUGUUCGAGUGUCUGGUGGAAGUGGUGAGGAGACGGCCCCUUACGGCUGGCUUCGCCAUGAGUCUGGUGUUCAUCGCGUUCAGCGUGUUCCCAGCACUGAGAGGAAGGGUCGCAUGCAAACCUCCAGCACAGCUGUGGUCAUCUUGCCUGUCGCCGAAAAGGAAGAUGUUGAUUUCGCAGCUGGCGAUGUCCGGAUCGAGAUCAGCAAGAAGUCCUCAGGGCCAGGUGGGCAGAGCGUCAAUGCAGCACACCAGGCAGUUCGCGCCAUCCACAUUCCCACUGGUCUUUCGGUGCUGAGUACCUCUUCCCAGUCUCAGUACGAGAACCGCGUUCGUGCUGUCGACAUGCUGCGCACAAAGCUUUUGGACAAACAGCUGUCAGCCCGAGCAGAAUUCGAGCGGACAGAGCGCAAGGAUCAAAGAGGAACUGGAGACCGCUCUGAAAAGAUCCGCACGUACAACUUCCAGCGGGAUGAGGUUGUAGACCACCGACUGCCCAAAGACGCCGGCGGGGGUGGUCAUGGUGCAACGGAUGUCGUCUUCGCAGAAGGCCUGGAGGCCAUUCUUGUGUUCCACAGGCAGCACAGAAGAAGGUCAUACUUGGACCAAGCUGUCUCGGCUAUGGAGCUGGAACUGGUGCAAAAGCAAAAGCAGUGA